AUGCCGGUUAUGAAAGGAUUACUGGCGCCCCAGAACACCUUCCUCGACACCAUCGCCACCCGUUUUGACGGAACACACAGCAACUUCAUCCUCGCGAACGCCCAGGUGGCCAAGGGGUUCCCCAUAGUCUACUGUUCUGAUGGCUUCUGUGAGCUGGCUGGAUUCGCCCGGACUGAAGUCAUGCAGAAGAGUUGCAGCUGCAAAUUCUUAUUUGGAGUCGAAACCAAUGAGCAGCUGAUGCUUCAAAUAGAAAAGUCGCUGGAGGAGAAAACAGAAUUCAAAGGAGAAAUUAUGUUCUACAAGAAGAACGGGUCUCCAUUUUGGUGCCUAUUGGAUAUUGUUCCUAUAAAGAAUGAGAAAGGAGAUGUGGUACUUUUUCUGGCCUCAUUCAAAGACAUAACAGAUACAAAAGUGAAGAUUACUCCAGAAGAUAAAAAAGAAGACAAAGCCAAAGGAAGAUCAAGGGCAGGGACCCACUUUGACUCAGCCCGGAGACGGAGUCGAGCGGUCCUUUAUCACAUCUCUGGGCACCUGCAAAGAAGAGAAAAGAACAAACUGAAAAUAAAUAAUAAUGUUUUUGUAGAUAAACCAGCGUUUCCGGAGUAUAAAGUUUCUGAUGCAAAAAAGUCCAAAUUCAUACUUUUGCAUUUUAGCACUUUUAAAGCUGGCUGGGACUGGCUUAUUCUAUUGGCGACGUUUUAUGUUGCCGUGACUGUACCUUACAACGUUUGCUUUAUUGGCAACGAUGAUCUGUCCACGACGCGGAGCACAACAGUCAGUGACAUUGCAGUGGAGAUCCUUUUUAUCAUAGAUAUUAUUUUAAAUUUCCGAACAACCUAUGUCAGCAAGUCUGGCCAAGUUAUCUUUGAAGCAAGAUCAAUUUGCAUCCACUAUGUCACAACCUGGUUCAUCAUUGACUUAAUUGCUGCCCUGCCUUUUGAUCUCCUGUAUGCUUUCAACGUCACAGUGGUGUCUCUCGUGCAUCUCCUGAAGACCGUCCGGCUGCUGCGUCUCUUGCGUCUCCUGCAGAAGUUGGACCGCUAUUCCCAGCACAGCACAAUCGUCCUGACUCUGCUCAUGUCCAUGUUUGCACUCCUUGCACACUGGAUGGCGUGUAUCUGGUAUGUCAUUGGAAAAAUGGAGAGGGAAGACAACAGCCUUCUGAAGUGGGAAGUUGGUUGGCUCCAUGAGUUGGGAAAGAGACUAGAGUCUCCAUACUACGGCAACAAUACCUUGGGGGGCCCGUCCAUCCGAAGUGCCUAUAUUGCCGCUCUGUACUUCACUCUCAGCAGCCUCACCAGUGUUGGGUUUGGGAAUGUCUCUGCUAAUACAGAUGCGGAAAAGAUCUUCUCCAUCUGCACCAUGCUGAUCGGCGCCUUGAUGCACGCCUUGGUGUUUGGAAACGUGACCGCAAUCAUACAGAGGAUGUAUUCCAGAUGGUCCCUCUAUCACACUAGAACUAAGGAUCUGAAGGACUUUAUACGAGUCCAUCACCUGCCCCAGCAGCUCAAGCAGAGGAUGCUCGAAUAUUUCCAAACAACCUGGUCAGUCAACAAUGGAAUAGAUUCAAAUGAGCUUUUGAAAGACUUUCCAGAUGAGCUGCGUUCUGACAUCACUAUGCAUUUGAACAAGGAGAUCUUACAGUUGUCCCUUUUUGAGUGUGCCAGCCGGGGCUGCCUCAGGUCUCUGUCUCUACACAUCAAAACCUCUUUCUGUGCUCCGGGGGAGUAUCUGCUGCGUCAAGGAGAUGCUUUGCAGGCCAUCUACUUUGUAUGCUCAGGCUCCAUGGAAGUUCUUAAAGACAGCAUGGUGCUGGCUAUUCUUGGGAAAGGAGACUUAAUUGGAGCAAAUCUAUCAAUUAAGGACCAAGUGAUCAAGACCAACGCAGAUGUGAAGGCUUUAACCUACUGUGAUCUUCAGUGCAUCAUCCUCAAAGGACUCUUUGAAGUGCUAGACCUUUACCCAGAAUAUGCUCACAAAUUCGUGGAAGAUAUUCAGCAUGACCUCACAUACAACCUUCGAGAAGGUCACGAGAGUGAUGUGAUAUCAAGAUUAUCGAACAAAUCUACAGUCUCACAGUCAGAGCCCAAGGGAAAUGGCAGCAUCAACAAAAGACUCCCGUCCAUUGUGGAAGAUGAGGAAGAGGAGGAGGAAGGGGAGGAAGAAGAGACAGCCUCCCUCUCUCCCAUCUACACAAGGGGAUCCUCCUCUUCACGCAGCAAGAAGGUGGGAAGCAGUAAAAGCUAUCUAGGCUUGAGCUUGAAGCAGCUGGCCUCAGGAACAGUGCCGUUUCACUCACCUAUCAGAGUCUCCAGUUCAAAUUCCCCAAAAAACAAACAGGAAACUGACCCCCCUAACCAUGGAAAAAGGAAAGAGAGAAACUUGAAAUUGCAACUUUCGGCUUUGAAUAGUUCUGGACCCCCAGACCUCAGUCCAAGGAUCGUUGAUGGAAUUGAAGAUGGAAACAGCAGUGAGGAAAGCCAGACUUUUGACUUCGGCUCUGAACGCCUCAGACCAGAGCCCAGAGUUUCUCCUCCUCUAGGAGACUCAGAGAUUGGAGCUGCUGUUCUCUUCAUCAAAGCAGAGGAGACCAAGCAGCAAAUAAAUAAACUCAACAGUGAGGUGACGACAUUGACUCAGGAGGUCUCCCAGUUAGGUAAGGACAUGAGGAAUGUGAUGCAACUUCUGGAAAACGUUCUCUCACCCCAGCCGCCGUCGCGGUUUUGCUCUCUGCACACCACCUCUGUGUGUCCCCCCAGGGACAGCUUACAGACCAGGAUGACCUGGAGUGCGCACCAGCCUUGCCUACACUUGCAAGCAGGUGGAGCUGCUUAUACUCAAGCACAACUCUGUCACGGUAAUGUCACCUCAGACAUUUGGAGUGUGGAUCCCUCCUCUGUGGGGAGCAGCCCCCAGCGAACUGGAGCUCAUGAGCAAAAUCCUGCGGACAGUGAACUUUACCACUCUCCAAACCUCGAUUAUUCACCUGCCCACUGCCAGGUUGUCCAGGAAGGUCACUUGCAAUUUUUAAGGUGCAUCUCUCCACAUUCAGAUUCCACACUGACGCCUCUGCAGUCCAUCUCCGCGACUCUCUCGUCCUCCGUCUGCUCUUCGUCGGAAACCUCUUUGCACCUGGUUCUCCCCAGCAGAUCGGAGGAGGGCAGCUUCAGCCAGGGAGCCACGAGCCCCUUCAGUCUGGAAAACCUGCCGGGAUCUUGGGACAGGGAAGGAGCGGCCUCGAUCUCUACUGAACCCUUGGAGAACUUUCCACUGGAAGUUGUCACAAGCACAGCAGAAAUGAAAGAUAAUAAAGCCAUAAACGUAUGA